AUGUUUCGUUGCUGAGCGAAAUGUUUUUUAUUGCUAAGAUACAGCACCGCUAUUGUGGUCGCGACGUGAGGGAUAUACAUCCGUGGACACUUGUUAGCGGUGGGAAAGCUUCCGGUUUCCCAAUGCCAAUCCCGAUGGAUCAAGUCGGCCAAGCUGCGCUUGAUGUUGAAGAUAAACUUCGUGCUAUUUCAGCUAAGUAGAUCCUAUGAAAGAGUAACGCUGAGGACAGUUG